CUCUGCACGUUUGGAGAGAUGGAUACAUCUCACACCACCACAAAUCUCCCAAUCUGCCUCGUUAAGACCGAGAAACUUUUCGGGAUGGGAAGCACGGGUUUUCUGUGCUUCUAUUCGUUGUUUUUUUCUCUCAUUUUCUCCUUUUACAUCUUUUCUUCUUCAACUCCUCACAAAUUCACGCCCAUCCAGGAUAAUGCCGACACUCCCUCAAAUGCCUAUUCUCAACGCCUUCAAACAGUAGAUAAUGAAAGUUGUGACUUGUUUGAUGGUGAGUGGGUUGAGGAGAAGGAGGGUCCUCUAUAUUCAAAUUUGAGCUGCCCAACAAUCCCUUUGUCCAAAAAUUGCUUCUAUCAUGGAAGGAAGGAUAGAGAUUUUGUUUACUGGAGAUGGAAACCAGAAGGAUGUGAGCUUCCUCGGUUCAACCCCAAAGCGUUUUUGAGCAUUGUUAAAGGAAAAACAAUGGCUUUCAUUGGUGAUUCACUUGCUCGGAAUCAUAUGGAAUCGCUUCUAUGCCUUCUGUAUAUGGAAGAAACACCAAGAAAUGUAUACGAGGACGUGGAGGACAAAUUCAGGACCUGGCAUUUUCCCCAUCACAACUUCACCCUCAUGGUCCUCCGCUCAGAAUUCCUUAUCCACGCCACCCACAGACUCAUCAAUGGCUCCUUUACAGGCGGUUUCGAUUUACACCUAGACCAACUAGAUUCCAACUGGACCCAAAACCUACCCAUUAUCGACUACGCCAUUUUCUCCGACGCGCAUUGGUUCCUCCGACCCAACUAUCUCUACGAGGGCGGCAACCUCGUUGGUUGCAUUUAUUGCGGCGAUCCAACCGUUAAGGAUGUCGGCCCGGGCUUUGCAAUCCGGAGAGCGUUCCAAGCCGCUCUUAACUAUGUAAACGAAAACCGCAACGGGGUUGUGGUGUUUUUGCGGACGUUUUCUCCGGCGCAAUUUGAGAAUGGGGCGUGGAAUAAGGGAGGGUUUUGCAAUAGGACAAGAGGGUUUACUAAGGAAGAGGUGAGUGUUGGAGGGGAUGAUUGGGAAUUUAGGAAGAUUCAAGUUGAGGAGAUUGAGAGGGCUAGGAGAUAUGGGGGGAAAAGAGGGAAUAGGUUUGGGAUUAUAGAUGUGACUAGAGCUAUGUUGAUGAGGCCGGAUGGACACCCUGGGGAGUUUUGGGGAAAUAAGUGGAUGAAGGGUUAUAGUGAUUGCAUACAUUGGUGCUUACCUGGGCCUAUUGACACUUGGAGUGAGCUUUUGUUGCAGAUGCUUCACAACACUAGUGCUCUCAAUCAAUCCUAGCUUUAAUUGGCAUUUUGUGAUUCUCACCUAUCUUUUUGCUUUUCUUUAAUUUGCCUAUGCAUAUCUGCAUGCUAGUUGCAUAAAUGUGUACAUCAAAUAUUACAGAGUAGCUAGCAUGCUGGGCGGAGGCCAGUGAUUCGGUGAAGUCCAGCAUUCGGUGGCUAGAGGGAUAAUUGUGUGGGAUCAGUGAAGGGUCAAGUCCAACACUCGAUCUUCUCUAAAAAAUGUGGUGGUAUAAGAAAAUAAAGUUGUGCAUGUCUUUGCUAAGAGUUAUAACUUUUAGCAUAGCGGUAAGCACUUGAUUGGUUAAUCCUAACAUAGCAUACUAUGUUAGUUCCGAGCAAGUUAGAGUCUAGACUCUAGAAGGGUUAAAUAUACUUUAAGAAAAUUUUUGAAGUUUUGAAAAUUUAAUUAAUUUGUAGACAAUAGAAGUCUUUUACUUGUAUAUUUUUAAGAUAUAAGAAAACUUGUUUGUAGCUUAAGAGUUUGAUUGUUUGUGUGCAUGUGUGUGAUAUAUAUAUAUAUAUGGAUCAGGUAAUAACAAAGCAAAUAUAAAAAAAAAAAAGAGAGUGAAACAUUAAUUUUAUAGUGAUUUGGUGGGUAGUGUUUGUAAUUCCCCUACACGUACCAUUCUUCUCGUUCACACCAAUGAGGAAUUCACUAUGUAAUUUUGAUAUAAAAGUUACAAGUGUAUGUUAAGCCUUUCACAAAGCUUGAUCACUAAGUUGCUUUGCUUCCGCUUCUUCUCUUUUGAUUAUUGUCUUUCAAUUCAAACAAGGGUCUGCCACUAAGUCACCUUGAUCUUUACUAUCUUGGCCUUUACACUAGGAUUUGCCACAAAACACCCUCUUUAUAGUUUUGUUUGUUGUCUAAUAAAAAAAUGUUUGGACAUUUGAAUUUGGAUGAUUCAAUGAAGCUUAGAAUGCCUGACUUUUUUUAGCCUCGUUGUCAAGAUCUGGUCGCCUCUCUUUGUACUGGUUGCUUCCUUCGGUGAGGAGGCAACCAAAAUUUUUGGCGGGCGCCACAACUGUCGUCGGCGACGAGCCGAUCGCUGACGAUGAUAUUUUAGUUGGAAACGUUAUUAGAUUCUAAGUGUACUAGUUUUUGGCUUUAUUGCUCCAAAACAAAAUGUUAAUGGGUCUAAUUGUAACUUUAAAAAAUUUAGGUACUUAAUUGACUUUUUAUAUAAAGUUUAGGGUCUAUUUGACUAUUUUUUCCUUCUAGUUUUUAAUUUUUUAUUUUGACUUCAAUUCCUAUCUUUUUACCAAAGUACCCCUAGAUCGGAGACUCAAACCGUUCCGCACCCUAGUUGGAAAAACGACCAACCAAUUUCUUUUUGUUUUGGAUGAUGAUGGCAGUACGGGACAACACAAAUUAAACAUACUCCUAUCGCUACGGGGAUAGCUAAAAAUGGCCUCUAAUCCCUUACUUAUCCCUCCUAUCAACCCCUUUUUACACAACAAAGCCGCCAUUCUUGUCCACCAAUUCCCAAUUUCCUCGACAGGUCGGAGGCUUUCUCACAGGCGGCCGAUCGUCAGAGCGUCUAUCAGCCGCCGGCAGCUGAUAACCGCCGCCGCGGCGUUGAUUAUUGCAGCCUCGUCGUCUAAAGCUGUCGACAAGCUUCUCCCGACACGGGAGAGAGCGAAUCUUAGUACCAACAAAUCCAAGCAGGAGAGACCAAGAUUCUUCGACUUAGCGGCCAGAAAAAUGUGCUGGGCCAAGGCCGAAACCGUUCCCGGCCGAGAUCCCGGGAGGUGGAGAAAAGACGCCGCGGGAAACAUUGUCGGCAAGCGUUUUCACAGCUGCCUAGGUUGCCUCUGCUUCGAGUACGACCACGUUGUUCCCUUCUCCAAAGGCGGCGAGUCGGUGCCGGAAAAUUGUCAAAUUCUUCAGACCAAGGUCAAUAGGUUCAAAGCAGAUAAGGUUGCGGUUAACAAAAUGCAACUCAAAGGGUAUUCUUGCGGCAUCAAUUUCAGUGACAAAGAACUUGACACCAUUGAGAUUGCUGUUUAUGGAGACAUUAUGCGACCUGGGAACCGAUGUCGUGUCGCAACUAUUGAUGAAAUGCUUGGAAUAUACAAGUCUAAAAACAGAAUUGUUACUUGCAACUCUGGGAACUGAAGUACUAUGUGUAUGUUUGCAUUUAGUCAUUUAGAUACCACCAAAAUUAAAUAAACAAAA